AUGAUUUCUGAAAUCAGUAAUUCAGCUUAAUCAAUUAAAAACUCUCAUCAUGAAAAUGAUGAUGAUUUACCUACUUCACCUCUCUUAGACUCGUUCUCUUCCUCUACCAGUAAUGAAAUUGACACCGAACAAGAUCAAAAUAUUGAGGGAUUUGAGGAUCUCUAUGCUGAGAUGCAAUAGGAUUAACUGAGUGAGUCUGACUUAAACAAAAAUUUCAAAUAUUUAAAGAGAAAAAUUGCUGAAAAGGAGGAAAGAAUAGAUCAUUGGCAGCUAAACUAGUAGGUUUUAAACCACCAAGACAAACUCACUAGUACAUAUCUAAUUCAUUUCGCUUGCGAAUACGGUUUUCACUAUUUCCUUAAGAAAAUAAAGCAGUAUCAUGGAGAAAACUUUUUGUUUGAGCAGCUGAAAAUUCUCAGCAAGUCUGGAAAGACAGCCAUUCAUUUUGCAUCUUAGUCAUGUUAAUACAAAGUUCUAAAGCUUAUAUUAAAGACUUUGAAAAGAGUUAAUUAAUAAGAGCUAGAAUAUCAAAUCACCCUAAAGGAUUCGAGGAAUAAGAACCUACCAUUGCAUUUUCUACUAGCAAACUCAAGAUAAGUUGAGGUCUCAGAAAUUAACAAAUGCUUCAGCUUAUUGCUUAAACAUAUUAGAGGAGACUAAAUGUAAGCCAGAAAUACUAGAAUGAUUUCUGCUCUUGAAAUAUGCAUUGAGAAGGGCUACAUCGAUGUAUUGAAAAAGAUUAUAGAGUAUGAUGAGAGCAUCUUAAGUUUCUAUGAUCUCAUGGGAAAUACUAUAUUACAUUUGGCUUGUAAAUAAAAUAACUAUGAGAUGGUCCAAGUUUUACUUGAAAAGAAGAUUGACUAUGAAAAAAUAAAUCACUAAAAUUAGUCAGCAUUUUAAGUUGCUUUUGAAACGGGCUGCAUGGAAAUUUGUGACUUAAUCACUAAGCAUUAGUAAAGUUCAUGUUAAAGCUAAAAGGAAAUCUAGGACUUAGAACUUUCUAUUCAAGAGGAUGAAAUCAUUUAAAAGAGAAUGUCUGAUACUUCUCAGAGUUUGGUAGAAGACUAGCCCAACAGAUUUGACUAGAAAAUUUUCAAAGAUGUCUUGAUUCAUUUAGAUUUCAAAGGGGCACCCCCAACAAUAUCAUUCCUAAAGAAACUCAUUACAUAUCUAGGUGAAAGAUAUACUAAUCUGGUAACAGGCAUCAUAUUUGAGUUUGAAGAUACUUUCCCUUAUGAUGGGUAUUUAACUCAGCUAAGAGGACUAAAUUUCUACUCAAAAGAUUAAAUUAAGGACAUUGUUGAACUUACAAAAAAAUACAAGUUUAAAAUAGUACCUUUGAUUCAGACUUUUGGGCAUCUAGAAUUUGCUCUUAAAAGAGAAAGAUUCUCUCAUCUAAGAGAAUAAAAUGACAAUUAUUAAUCUCUAUGCCCUCUUAAGUAAGACUCUAAAUAAUUUGUCCUCAAUCUAAUUGAAUAAAACAUUCAGAUUCUAGGCUUGGAUAAUCUUUAGUUGAUUCAUUUGGGUGCAGAUGAAGUAUUUAAUCUAGGAUCUUGUAGAGAUUGCCAAUUCUUUUCUGAAGAGGCUGGAAAGCCUGCACUGUUCUCCAAUUUUAUCAUGAAAAUUUGCAAAAGUGUAAAAAAACGCUAUCCAAAACUAGAUAUUAUGGUGUGGGAUGAUAUGUUUCGAAAUCAAACAUUUAUGGAAUUCAGUCAUUUAAAAGUAAACAAUACUCCAAUAUUCUAGCCAUGCAUAUGGUCUUAUCCAGGGAACUUCGAUUAUUUCAACUAAACUAUAAAGAAUUAGAGUUUUAACAAUCUCUGUCUAGAAUUCAAGAAGGUGUGGGUGGCAUCAUGCUUCAGAGGUUCAUUUGAGCCAUCAACAACAAUGGUUGAUCUAGGAGAGAGAUUAUAAAAUCAUAGACUAUGGAUAGAUAAAGUUAAACAGAAUCCUUGCAGCUAAUAAGCAGUUUAGGGCAUUAUUCUUACAGGGUGGAGUAGAUUUUGCCAUGAAACAGUUCUUUGCGAAUUAUUAUCAAUGACAAUACCCUCGUUAACAAUGUGUUUAGCAGUUGUUGAAAGAUAACAGCUUAACUUAAAUGUAAUUUACAAGGAGUCAGUACAAUACCUUAAUCUGAAGGGGAAAUAUAUAAUUUAAGGAAUCAAUGAACUUAUUUAGUCAAAAUCUUUAGAUGAGUUUUAUAAGUUUUCUCCUUAUAUUGAUACAAAAAAGUAAAAACACUUUUGCCAUGAUGCAUUUGAGAUAUGUUGGAAUUUAACCAAAGCAAUAUAGCUUUUAAAGCUAUCCAAAAAGUCUAUUAAGGAUAGUUCAGUGAUUAAUUAUGACAAGAUCAUGAAAAGGUAAAAUCUAUAUGUGAUGUAACAGUAUGAAAACUUGAAUGACUACCAAAGAAAUAAAUAUAGAUUCUAAGAUAAUAUGUCUAUCGAUACUUAAGAACUUAAUGAUGAAGAAUCGUUCUCAAGUGACACUAUGAAUUGCGAUAGAAUAAAUCCAAAUACUAGAUAAAAGCUUCUUGAUUAUUUGAAUGUGUCUAUAAAAUUGCUAAAAAAGUCAGUUUUAAUGGCUGAUAGAAUUCUUCCAUAGUAUAUGUUCACCAGGGACAUCUAAGAAUUUAAGAACUCAAAAAUUCUUAAGUAUCUGCAUCAAGCAUUCAUAAUAUUCGAAGGCUUGACUGAGAGGACAAGAUCAUCAUUUGCAAUAGACAGACCAUUUAAGCACUAAUACAAGAGUCAAUUUAUGAAGAGAAUGUCUCAAACUCCAAAUAUUACUUCAAGUCCUUUAAUAUAGCCUUUAUCAUUUGAAGACUAGCAUGAUAGCAGAGGCUUAGGAACUCAGAUUUUCCCUUAAUUAAAUGAAGUUAUGAUGUAGCUAGGGAGAAUAACAAGCUUUGAUGAAAAAUUAGUGCCGUAUAUAGCAAAUUUCAGUUCUGCUGAUUCCUUAAAGGCCUAAAAGUCAUAGGAGUACUAAAGGCCUAGUGAAUUUGAAAUUCCAUUGCCACCUGUUAAGAAAUCUUAUAAAAUGCCUAGAGGAAUGUAACUACUUAAUAAAAAGAAAGAAAUUGGAAUAAAAAAUGAUUAAUAAGAAUAGCACUUGAGAAAUGGUUAGUCAUUGUAACUUCAUCCAACCGAAAGCAAUCUUUCGAACAAUAGCGCCAUUUCUGAGGAAGAGAAAGUACCUUCUUAUGGAAGAAAACGUGAAUCAAAGAUAUUAAGAAAAAGACUCAGACCAAAUCAGAUUAAUAGCUCAAAUGAGAUGAGAGCAGUAAGAAACAAUUAUCAUGAGGGAGUUGGGGUUCGCUAGAAAAAAGCCAGGAUACAGCAAAGUCAAUCUGUUGACGAUCCCUUAAAUAUUCUAAGGUAAAACUAUGAAUGA